UUUUCUUCAACAUGUACUGAACGGCAAAACUUCGGCACAUCCCGCUGCUUGCCUUUUUGGUGAUAUUUUCCACCACAGCACGGAACAUCAAUGAAUACAAUGUUAGUGAGGAGUAAACCGCAGUAGUAGUGUCGGUGAUAAUUCUGCUUUAUUUUCUCAUUAUACGUAUACUUCUCUCCAUCUUACCCUUUGUUCGUCGAGCUCCAAUUCAUCCAAAGACCUUCACAAUGUAUUCCGCAAAGAGAAUCUCAAGCGAGAUUCUUUGUGUUGAAAUUGAUGAAAUCGUUUCUUCUGAUUAACUAUUGCAUUUAUCUUUGGAUGAAUGUCGAUUCAGCUAUCUUUUACUUUCACGACAACUGAGCUCUCGACGUACCAUAGCUCUCGAAUCAAUGAAGUUGCUUGAAUUUACUAAAUAGCUUCUAUUCAUAUCCGCUUUAAAACCAAGAGUAUACUCACCGGAACCUACAAAAAUGGCCGGUGAAACCGCGUUCCCACGAGGCAGAACAGCAAGCAUGUCAUCCCAAAAAUCUGCAUCUCCCGUCAAUCGCACAUUUCUCAAAUCCUCCCUCAAAAAACCCUCCGAUCCCUCCGUGAAAGAUUCCUCAUCGAACCCACCCACCCCUCAAUCCUCCCAACAUGAAUCCUUCUCCCAAAAAAUCCGACCCAAAUCCUUCCCCCUAUCAAAUAUCAAAGCCCCAGUCUGGCUUUCCAAUUUCCGGGCUUCCAAAACCGGAGCUUACGCGCUCCAAUUUUUGGAUAUAUCCCGAAGAUGGUUUUUACGACAUGUUUUUAAAUUCUUCCUUGCAGCUCUCGUUUAUACCGGCCUAAUAUUCUUAAUUGCAAAAGAUAAUGCAAUAACCAGUCGAAAUAAUCUGACAUACAUAUCCGAUUUGUUGAAGGUAGCAGGCGGAUUCCCCGAAACGCUUGACGAGGGAUAUUUAGUCGACAAUAUCCCUCCUGCAUUUCAAAAAGCUGGAACGGUUUUGAGAGAUUUUUAUAAUGAACGUAUUGAGAAUGAUGAUCCGUUUGCUUGGCCAGUGCAUGCUUUACUGGCGGAAGUAGAAGCCAUUGAUUUUGGCUGGGAAUCCUUUAGAGAAUCCAGAGAUGAGGCGGUUACAAGUAUCAAGGAACAAGUAAAAUCAUCGCGCUUGGUAUUUCAGGACGAAUUGAAAAGAUUGAGAGGAGUAGGAGCAAAGAACAGAAACAGAACGUCGUGGAAAAGACUGGGAAAAAAAUUAUUGUUGGAUGAUCCCUAUGAGUCGAGGGCACAUUUCGACGCAAAGAAUUUUGCCAAUAUCACGGGUAGUAUCCAGAAUUACAUAUCCACAUGGCGGGCAACUUCAAUCCCGCAAUUGAGCUACAGACUUACAUCCACGAAAAGAGGACCCACGGGAGGAUUACCCGGCAAAAUGAAUGAAGUCCGGAAAAAAUGGCCAAAGAUAGAUUGGAGAAACUGGAAAUUUUUCCGUCCGCCGGUAGAUAAACUGGAAGAGGUGAGGGAAGAAGCUAUCAGUAUUUUGAAGAGAGUGGAUGGGAUGUAUGGGGGAUUUUUGUCGGUAAUUCAUUUGUUAGAUUUAGCUGCGGACAAGGAAAAGCGGAGAGGAUUUGGGGAGGAGCAUUUAGAGGAGUUGUUGGGAGUGUUUGAUGAGACAUUUCGGAGGUUGCAACAGGCAGAGUGGGACAAUUUUGAGAGGUCUAUUGCUCGAACUUAUCCUUUGUGAGGGUUCAGUUGUACCACUGUUGGUAUCAAUACAAAGGAGAAGGGCUGCUUGCCGUGUAUGGGUACCAUUUUCAUCUAAAUCGUGGGAGAUAAUUUUUUUAAAGUCAUAUAAAGUUGCAUCAAUUUGAACGAUACUUUACUACCGGUAACUGCAAAGCUAGCAAAACCAUGAGCUUUUGAAGACUUUAAUGUUAUGCCUGGGGUCUUACUUCACUAAAUCUCUCCAAUAAGUAAUUGUUAAUGAUGGUGGAGUGUUCUGGACUAAUAAGACGUAAUAAUUAUUCGACAUUCAGCUUCCAUGUCACAAUAGAAGGUCGUAGUAAGUUCAAGCCACAUCACCAAAUGCAUAGAGACAGCAUGUAACUCUUGAAGUAUUUGAUUAUUAUCGGCGGAUUUCUCGAGUAACUUGGAAUUUUCGUUGAUAAAUCUCCGUGAUCUUAUUCAAGGACAAAAUGCUAUUUACAAAUGUGGUUCUCAACCCGGAAUCCCAAUCAAAGACAAAAGGUAACAUGUAGGUACUA